AACUUUGUAGGUACGUUUUUAAACCGAUUUUGGUUGAAGAUAAUCAAAGGAAUCCAAUAAACAAUCUACCUUUUGAGGACAAGUGAAGCCCAUACAAAUGAUUUGAGCACAUGGGACUUGGCCAACAUCUUAAUUUUCACUCCUGAAAUAUGCUGUUUCGUUUUGAGUCUCCCCACAUAAGAAUAAACUCAUGCUUGGAAAACCUCACCCUCUUUUUAUAUAUCCUCAAUUCCUCAACAACCAAACGACACCCAUCAUAGCAUUUCACUUCCCGGAGGAGUCAAAGGGAGAGAAAUACAAUACAAUGCUCAGGCCUCAAAGAGAGAGCUUUGUCAUACAAGUAACAAGUAGUUGUGAAGCUCUUCAUCAUCAAAACCCUCAAGCUGGCAGUACUGUCUCUCCCAAGUUAAACUUUUCAGCAAUGAAACUCUUUAAUCGUUUCCGUAAGAUUCUCAUGCGACUGUUAUUUUCACUUCCCUCUCGUGGGUCCUCAGCUUCAUCAACAGGAAUGGCUAAUUCGGGACCUAAAAAUUGUGACAAAUUUGAGCCACCAAAGACCUCAUGCAGCUCAUAUUACUCGUCUCACUCGCAUUACAACGAGGCCAUUGCUGACUGCAUUGAGUUCUUCAACAAGUCAUCCUCGCAGGAAGGGAUUUUGGAUGGUUGUAAUUCCGAUGUUAUGGUUUGACUUGACAUGCUUAAUUUGAUGAAAUAAUAUUGUUUACCAUGUUUCAGUUUUCUUUUUUGUCUUAUUAAUUGCUUUGGUUCUAAGAGCAUAUUCAUACAGAGAAUGGAAAUUAAUAUGACUUCAGUGUUUUAAUUUGCUGUUUUAUCUGCUAACUAUUAUCUUCUUUUCACCUAGAUUAGAUUAGAGAGGUUUCAUGUUUGCUAUGUUGUAAACUGAUGAUUGAUAAAAGUAACCUUUUGAA